AUGAGGCACCUUGAUAUAAUCUUUGUGGUGCUGCUAGAAGCCACAGCCACUGCACAGAAUCUCACCAGCACUCCGUUUGCGAGUUUGGACUGCGCUUCCACCACAAAAGGAGAUGCAAAUUGGCUUUGGGAGGCGUCUUCUGGUACAUGGCAUUCUUGCAAUCUGCCAGUCCGAGGGGACAUUGGCAGCAUGUGCAUUGGCUCCAGCGGCAAGCCAGACUACACGUCCCUGUUUGUAGAUUUGGCAAGUGCGCCUAUCAAAGAUGGCUGUUUCGCAUGGCUUGCUUCUGCCUGCAGCAUGGACUUCAGGCGCGUGAAGCGCAUUGAGUUUGACUUUGAUAUGAAGAGUUGUGGAUCUGUUUGGGCUGCUCCGCUGUGGAUGUCUCCAUCGCCUUGGGAUUCACCUGGACGAACUUCCGGCGAGGUGGACCUUGUAGAAGCUUGUCCUGUCGGCUCACUUUAUACAAACUUUGCAACUGGUGGCCAUGAGAUGGUGAUCGGGAAUCCAGACAAUUUGGGAGGCCCAAAGCACCUUAUCAUGACUCUCGACAGGAGCGCCAGCCUUGAAUCCGGGGGAACACUCAGGACUGAGAUUUGCGAUUUGGGACCCACAAACUGCCAUCCAUCAGCCUACUAUGAUAACUUCUUGGGCAGCGUCUCUCCGAGCAAAGGCAGAGGACAGAGCUUUCCAUACAAUUUCAUUUCAGACAUUUGGAACGGAUUUUCAGGUGACGCGGGGUGGGUUGGCUGCAAAGCUUUCAACAAUCCACACACCCAGUGUCAAUACGUGGUGCACAACAUUAAGGUCUACACUGUGAAUGGUAGCCCUAUGUUCAGUGGCAAAUGUGGUGCCAUGAAUGGCGAUGCUCAGGUAGAGGUGCAGUUCGUCUAA